UUCCGUAGCGUCGGCCCGGGAGGUGGGUGAUGCAGGCUAGGGAGUGCCCGCUGCAGGGAGGGUGAUCGGGAACGCAGCUCGGAGGAUGAUGCCCCACGGUCCUGCUGCGCGGCCCGCGGCCCCGCAAUCACAAGGAAGGAAGCGUAUUUACGGCUGGGAGGGUGACCCAUUGAAUUGCAAUUAGCAGCGGGGCAAUGAGUUUCCUCGUGAAAGCCGGUGAGUGCGGUGACGGGGACGGUGACCGGGCAGGGCCCACACCCUCCGCUCAAGGGAUAUAAACGUCCCCGUCCUAGAGGGCCAGCACACACUCAGACGCACACCACCUCCUCCCUUCACCUUCACGGACCCCUGACCUCGGGCAUCAUGUCUUACCGCAGUUGUUCCAGAAACUUCUCUUCCUGCUCUGUCGGGCGCUCCCUGUGCUUCCAGACUUCCUUCGCCGGCUCCUGCUCCCCGGGCAACCUUGUCUACCACAGCAAUACAUGCAGCCCCUACUCGGGGAGAGCCCGGGCCUUCGGUGCCUGCCAGGAUCCCAGCUGUCUGCCCGGGUGCUCCGUCUCCAUCCCCCGCCAGACCCCGUGCUUCCGCCCCAGGGUCUCUUGCGUCCCAGGCCCCCGCCGGGUGACAUGUGGGAGAUCUCUGGGUCGCCUAUCCCUGGGCUGUGGAACCAGUAGCUACCGAUCCCUGGCCUACGGACCUGUCGUCUGCCGAUCUCUGAGCUUUGGAUCGGGCUCCUGCCCGUCCCUGGGCUACGGGUCCAGCGUCUGCCGAUCCCUGGGCUUCGGAUCCGGCUCCCGUCUGUCCCUGGGCUACGGUUCCGGUGGCUGCCGAUCCCUUGCCUUCCGUUCCGGCUGCCGCCCGUCCCUGGGCUAUGGAUCCAACUUCUGCCGCCCAACUUGCUCUGUCGUGCAAACUCGCCAGUCCCUUUGUUUCCGGCCAAGCUGCGCAUCUGGCUUCUACCGACCGACCUGCUGAGUGUCUGUGGUCUCCCGUCUCUCCCACGGUCUCCGGCUCCCGAAAGAUUAUCUCAAACCCUCGUCUACUCAUCACCUUCAGAACCAGUCCCGCGUGCACAUCUGCUGAGGCCACACAACUUAAGGGACUUUCGGGCUGCGUGUACCUGCGUACCACAGACCUUGACUGUAUCCGAAUUUCAUGAGAUGGCUCCGUUCACCAGGAGCGGGCCAACUGCCUCUUCUCUAAAGGGUGCUUGGGUCUCCUGUCCUAUUCCUCUCCGGGAGAUGUAUUCAACCAA